AAAUAAAAAGUGCCGCUACUUAUCUUAAUACUGUUAUAAGUGUACUUAUAAUUUAUAAAUUAAUGGCUUGAUUUUAUACUACCUUAGAGGUUAUUAUUUAAAUAAAAUACAUGAUUUAUAAUAAUGAUCCAGGAAGACAUUGAAACAAUCCAUACAGAAGAACCUAAAGAGUUGACCUUCCAACAGUACUCACUCUUUGAUAUUGGCAUUGAUCCUGGCCUGAAGGAUGAUGAAGGCAAUGAGGUCCCAAGACCCUACACUAAAAAUCAAAUGAGAAAGUGGUUAAAAAAAGUUAAGUGGGAAAAUCGGAAAGCUGAUAAACGAGCCAGAGAAAAGGCCAGGGCUAAGGAAAGAAGAAAAGAAGCAAGGGAUGCAAAUUUAGAUUCUGGCCCAAGUCGGAAAGCUUUAAAAAAAAUGAAACUAGAGAGAUCUAAGAAAAAUAUUGGUAUUGUCAUAGACCUGAGUUUCGAUCAUUUAAUGAUCGAGAAAGAUAGGUAUAAAGUUAUAAAACAAAUAUUGAGAUGUUAUUCUAUAAAUAGAAGGUCAAAUACACCACUUCAAUUUCACAUCACUAGCUUUGGAGAUAAAUCAAAAAAUGAUAUAGCAAGACACAAUGGUUAUGAAAAUUGGGAUGUAGAGUUUCAUGAAGAAUCAUAUCUUAAUAUAUUUCCUAAGAGGAACAUACUUUACUUAACUAGUGAAUCAGAAAACAUAAUUGAAAGUUUUGAAGAAGAUACAUUUUAUGUUAUUGGAGGUUUGGUGGAUCAUAAUAAGCACAAGGGUCUUUGUCAUAGGAUAGCUGUUGAACAAGGUAUCAGACAUGCACAACUUCCGCUAGACAAAUAUGUUAAUAUGAAGACUAGAAAAGUUUUGACUAUAGAUCACGUAUUCGAGAUCAUACUUAAAGUAUGUGAAGGUAUUUCUUGGCAAGAAACUCUAAUGACUGUUCUACCAGAAAGAAAAGGUGCCCAUGUUUGUGACAAAAAUAGAAAUUCUGUACCAGAAACAUAAUUGUGAUAUGAAUGAAUUCUGUAACAUAUAUAGUAUUAUUAUUAAAUUAGUUUGUUAUUAAAACAUGUUUCAAAUUGUCAUAGCUUUCGUUAGAGCACUCUGAUAUUUUUAAAAAGUAAACCAGAUGAACUAUAGGGAAUUUUAUUUCAAAAAUAUGUUUUUU